GCAGAACCCGCUCUGUGUUCCUCCCGUACGGACAAAAAACGAACGCUGCCGUCGUCCUCUGUCACUUUCGCCUUUUGCGUCGCGUCGGCCGAUAAACGAGAAUGACAGGCGUCGUGGUCGUCCUCCAGAUAAAUCCGAUAUAAAUUUACGACAGCAGUCCUGCCGCUAACGCGAUCCUAGCUGGCUGGCAGCGUCCCGUUGUAGAAAUAAGCGCGGCGUGAGGACAGAGUGCUGUGACCGUCAGGAUUUAAAAGCAACACGAGUAACAAAUGAUCGUCAUCCUCUAACGCAACCCGAAUAUGACGUACAAAAUACGCAAGAAACCGACGAGCUAGACCAAAGAAAGACUGAAAAAAACCAGUGACAGUUCUAACCCCGCAAAAAAAAACCGACUAAACGUCGAGAUGCCGGCCGUAGUGUCGAAAUUCCUGGAGAAGGGCGAGACCGCCCUCAAGACCAACAGGACGGCCAUAUCGGGCGCCGUCAUAGCGGCCGUCAUGUUCACCUACGGUUACAAAGUGGCCUACCCGCUGGUGGACCGCUACUUCAACGACAGACCGAACAAGGAACAGCAACAGAUCAACAUAAACAACAAUCUAGUCAAGCCGAACGUGAUACAGAGCAACGGCGACCCCAAGACCCAACAGGCCAUAACCAGGAGGAGCAAACUGCUCAACGCCAUACCCGCGUUGAACGUCAAGUUCAUCCUCCAGUUCUUCAGGCUGCUGAGGAUCAUGAUACCGGGGGUUUUUACCGCCGAGAUAGCCCUGCUGUCCGGCCACACCCUAUUCCUGUUCCUCAGGACGUUCCUCAGCAUCUACGUGGCUAAUCUAGAGGGCGCCAUCGUCAAGUACACGGUCAGGAAGGAGCCUAGGAACUUCAUGAUCCAACUGGCCAAGUGGUUCGCCGUGGCCGUACCCGCCACCUUCAUCAACAGCAUGAUCAGGUACCUGGAAUCGAAGAUAGCCCUCAAGUUCCGCACCAGACUGGUCGAACACUCCUAUGGGUUAUACUUUAAGAACCAGAGCUACUAUAGGGUGACCGUGCUGGACGGACGUCUGGACAACUGCUCCCAACGUUUGACAGACGACAUAGAAACCGUGGCCUCAACAGUCUCCCACCUCUACGGCCAGAUCACCAAGCCGAUGUUCGACAUCUUGCUGAUGGCGAUCGCCCUAGCCAACCUGGUCAAGUCCAGGAACGCCAACCUGGUCACCGGACCGGUCAUCAUCAGCGGCGUGGUGUUCCUCUCGGCCCUCAUCCUGAGGGUGGUGUCGCCUAGGUUCGGACAGCUGGUGGCCCAGGAGGCCGAGAAGAAGGGCUAUCUGAGACACGUGCACGGCAGGAUCGUGUCCAACGCCGAAGAGAUCGCCUUCUACGGCGGGCACAAGGUCGAGCAGAGCCAUCUGCGCAGCGCCUACAGGAUCCUGGUGCAGCACAUGGAGCACACGUUCGGCGUCAAGCUGUGGUUCAUCAUGCUGGAGCAGUUCCUGAUGAAAUACGUGUGGUCGGGAACAGGCAUGUUCGUGGUCUCCCUGCCCAUCCUGCUGAACGCCAUCAAGACCGGCAAGAGCGACGACGACGCCGGCAGCCAGGACAACGUAUCCGAACGCACCCACUACUUCACCACGGCCAAGAACCUCCUCAUCACCGGCUCGAACGCUGUCGAGAGGCUGAUGUCCAGCUACAAGGACGUGGUGGAGCUGGCCGGACACACGGCCAGGGUGGCCAACAUGUUCCAGGUGCUGGAGGAGGCCAGCCAGGGCGUCUACCAGAAGACGGUGGUGGAGAAGAGGCGAGAGGUCGGCGGGUUUCAGAUAGAGUUCAAGGGCAACCAGCCCAUCGCCAAAGGUAACUCGGUAACUAGGUGUAACCCUUGGAUUUCUCACCCUCGCUUGGUUUUAGGUAAAUGGAUCUUGUCCAAGAAUGAAAUAACGCUGGUGGAUGUGCCUAUUGUUACGCCGAAUUGCGACGUGGUCUGUCCGUCCCUGAGCUUUCAGCUGUUGCCGGGUCAACACCUGCUGAUUACAGGUCCCAAUGGUUGUGGUAAAUCCAGUCUGUUCAGGAUCUUAAGCGGCCUAUGGCCCAUCUACGGUGGGGAGUUGCACUCCCCGAAAGACUCGAUGUUCUACAUACCGCAGAGACCCUACAUGGUCAUAGGUAACCUAAGAGAUCAGAUCAUCUACCCGGACACGUACGCAGAUAUGAUCAACAAGCAGGUGACCGAGGACGAUCUGAGGAAGAUCAUGAGGAUGGUGCACCUGGAGCACAUAGUGGACAGGGACACGUUCCACGAGAUCAAGGAUUGGACGGAUAUUUUGUCCGGGGGAGAAAAGCAGCGGAUGGCGAUCGCCAGGUUGUUCUACAACAGGCCCAAGUACGCGCUCCUGGACGAAUGCACCUCGGCGGUUUCGAUAGACGUCGAGAGCGACAUCUACCAGCGUGCCAUCGAUAUGGGGAUCACGCUUCUGACCAUCACCCACAGGCCUACGUUGUGGAAAUUCCACACCCACAUACUGCAGUUCGAUGGGACAGGCUCUUGGACGUUCAACACGUUGGAUGCGGACGACAGGUUAGACCUGAAGAGCGAGAAGAUGAAGCUGCUGGAAAUCGCGAGGGAGAAUAGAUUGCUGGGUAAAGAGAAGGAUAGAUUGGACGAAAUCAACAGGCUGUUAGGGGAGGACGACGUUUGAUGGGGUGCGGAGUGCGGCCUAUCGAAGGAAGGAUUGACGACGCAUCACGAAAGUAUCUGUGGACGUGUGUCUCGAGACAGGUUUCGUUGAAAUUUAGUGGGACUCGAGUGGGGUGAAGCACGUGCGUGACGCAGAUUCUGUCAGCAUCACUUGUAGAUACGUAGUGCAACCUAUUGUGAUUUUUAUGUAUUACGUAGAUGUUCUUAUUUCUUAAUAUAUUUUAUUAUGUAGGAGUAAGUUUUUGAUGGUUUUCAUUAAAAUAUACGGAACGAUAUAGAA